CUUUGCUUCAGUUGGCAGCAGUGUACCAGUUACAGCAAGUUAUGAUUAGGUUAUAUAGUUGUUGUGAGUUAAAUAUUUUGUCGCAGAAGGAAAGCUGUACACAUUCAGAAAUAUGGAACCAUUUCUGCCAUCUGAAAUUGCAAGACUUGUCUACGGUUAUUUGGAGGAAUUAAAAUGUGACAAUGCUGCCCAGAGUUUCCUCGAGCAUUGUUCACAUCUGUCAGAGUGCCUGGCUGUUAACAAGAAAGGCAAGGGUUUCAACACAAGACCUGCAGGUUACUCUCUGACAGACAUUCUGGAUGAGUACUGCGAGAUUCGCAGCAUGGUUGCAGAAUAUUUACAGAAACUUCCAAAAAAUUCGGUGGAGAAGCUACAACACUGUGAUAGUUUGAUUGGCCAGCUGCGAUAUCUGAUGGAUGCAACCCAAUCAGGACGGACAUUGCUUGUCAGUAUCAAGAUACCACCACAGACAAAUGAGGAGUCAUCUGCCCAAGGAAACAGUAAGAAUGUGACCUCUGCCAUAUCCACUCAGAACCGAAUAAGGAUAAUUGGUUGUGCGGACAGAGUAAAGCGAACUGCUGUAGUUUCAAAACGAGACAUGAAACAGCAAGGUUCAAAGGAUGGAAAUGAAAGAGCAGCUUCUGUAUCUAGUAGUGUGUUAUCAGUUGAAGCUACUCCUUUAGAAAACCUUCCUGGAAUUUCAGCACUUGUGGAUAACCAAAGUGUGCUUACAGAAAAAGAAAGUAGAAAAACUCAAACUAUCUCUCUGAAUGGCCAUACUGCAGUAUGUGAACACAUUGAUCAUGAUUUCUGUUUGGGGACUAGCCCCUUGAAGCCCACUACGGGCUUUUCUAAGCAGUACAAAAAAUGUUGUGAUAAUAGGAGGACCUUAAAACAUCAGCACCAUUCACCUAGCACAAAGACCAGCCCUGCAGUAGGUGGUAAAAACAAUAGCCAAAUUGAAGAUGGAUCAGCUUGCUUUUCAACACCAAAACAAAAGUACAACUGCAGCUCAAAGAGGAAAAGCACUAACCCAACGCCAGUGAAAGGCAUCCACACACCAAUGAAGAGUCAGACUCCAUGUAAAAAAGUAAGACGUUCACACUCUGAUGAUAAUGAAUCCAGUGAAAACCUUGACUUUUCAGUGCUUACUCGAGCUCUGUUGGAUAACAAGGAACUUCAUGAGAAGAUUGCAGAAAACAUAAACAAGGUGAUUCACAAGCCUGUCCCAGGGCAGACUUCUGAAAAUAUCGAAAGUGUGCCGUCACCUAGCCCAGCUGGAGAACCAGAUAGUGCUGAAGCAUACCCUGUGAUUCCAGGGCCUAAUUCAGCUGUUUCAUCUUGUGAUGGGAUGCUACAAGAGCUUAACCAAGCCAUUAAAACCAUAGUGGAUCAGACAGAGCAGGACCCUGUGUUUGAGAGAUUUCUGGAAGAAAUCAUAGGCCCCUUAGAUGAAGAGUUGACACCAAGCCCAGUGGAGUUGCAAAGUGAAGAUGAUGAUGCUGUUCCAGACCUUCCAGUUGCAACAAAACAAGCAAAGAAUGUUAAUAUUGGCAGUCACUGUAACACCAGUAAUCCUAACAAGAAAUCAACAUCAUUAUCAUCAGCAACAGUGACAGGCUGUUCCAAAGAUGAACAGCACGUCCAAGAACAGAGACUGGAAGAAGACAGUCCUGGCAAGUUGAAUAAUGAUGUACCUCUGAAACAAAGGCUGCGAAGUGCAACACUACAUAAAUCUGAUGCAGCUUCUGAUGCUACCUCAGGUAGAGCAAGUUCCACCUCAUCAUCAGGAAAAGCGAAGAAGAAGGAAGGUCCCUCACUUGAAGACCAGAAUGCUGCUGCUGUCCAAUGCAUAGUGGAUGCCAAGAUCUCAUCACAGAAGAUAUCUGAAGUAACCCAUAAUCAUCAGUCUCAGAAGAAUGGUUCAGUGGACACACAGGCAGUUAAUACUGCUUCACCCAUUGAUAGGUGUCAGGAAAAGCUAAGUCACUCAAGUCCGUUGAUGAAAGGUAGUUCAGCCACAGUUGGUUCUUUGCAAAAGGAAACAAAUCAGAUUUCAGGUUCUGGUGAAAAAAAUAUGAGUGUAAGAAGUUCAGAUCCUGCUGAAGUAGCAAAUGAUGGUGUGCAUAGUGAAGAAGUUAUUCUGUUUGACGGUAAUCUGACAUUCCUAGACAAUAGUGCCUCAUUUUCAGUUAACACUGAAACCAGUAGCAACAUAUCAACCCCUCCACCACGUGAAACCCAGCUGUCUGGUGCAGUGGUUGCAAUAUCAGAGCCAUCAAUUUACAAUGCUGGUACUAGCCAGGUAAUGGCCAUCGCAGUACCUGGCACUAAUGAUAUUUUUCAAGGUGCAGCCACACUUAGUGAGAGACCUCCCUACCCACCAUCUGAGCAAGCAGCACCACAGAGUUUUGUCACAAGUAGUGCAAGUCAGGCUGUUGGUACAUUUGCCAUUCUUGACACACAGACUGUGAACUCCAUAACAAAGCAGCAGGAUGUAGUGCCCAUGUCAACUGUCAUCAUGUGUGGAAAUGAUGGCUUGUUUCCGCAUGUGAUCAGCUUACCACAUAAGGACUCUGUGAGAAAGAAUUAUCUUCAGUCAGGAUUGGGUGGAACCCACUAUUUGCCCAUUGCUCCUCGAGAUUCUAAAGUCUGUCAAGAUCCCAAACCUGGGACAUCAAAGCAGACCAAACCCACCACAUCAUGGAGAAAUAAGCGCAGUUAUUCAACUGGCAAAAAGAAAGUGGUGAGGAAUAGUGAUAGAGACCAGACUCUUUCGAAAGUCAGUAAGCCAAGUACUGCAAAGGAUAUUACAUCAUAUGCUGGUGACAGUAGAGAUGAGGCCAAGUUGAUAUGCUCAAAUACAGUGCAACAGAAUUCAACAGGUUAUGCUCUCGGUCUUGCCAGUAUAAUUCUGGAAUCACCACAAGCAAGAAUAGUCCCAGUUGACAGUGUAAAUGCACAUCAGGAUGCAGGAUGGGAAAAUUUGCUAGGAGCACUUAAUCUGAAAGAAGCAUAUGAGAGUUCUUUGAACUCAAAAUCAAAGGGGAAUGAACUGGACACGGGAAUAUACAGUAAAAGUAAGGCAGAAGCAGAUGAAAGUAAAGUUAUAAAAUCUAAAAGUGAAUUCAUAUUGCAGAAUGUUGAUAAAUAUCCACCAAGCCCUCGGCUUAUGACACUUGUUAAUCUUAGCAAGAAUCUUGCCAAUAGUGGAUGUUCACCAUCAACUCAAAGUACUGGCAUCACUGAAGAAACCAAUAACAGAAAGUGCAGUGAAAUCAAAGUGACCCAGAAGCUUCGCGAGACCCCACAAAGAACCAUUGUUCAAGGUAGAAUAGAUACAAACUCUAAACGGAUGAGUCUUAGCACACCUCGUAGGCAGAGGCAUGUACGAAUGUUGGACUUCACAACACCAACUAAGGCCAGAACCAUUCCUAAAGAGCUGCAGCCUAAAGAACCUUCUCCUAAGACAAUCAAUAAGUUAACUAAAACUUUGCACAAGACAACAAACAAUGUUGUAAAUAAAGCAAGGUCAUCUCUUUUUAAGUUUCCUGUGAUUGAGUCAGGAAAAACUACUGUAAGUGGUGCACCUUUGCUAACUACAGUCUCAUCUUUCUCAAAAUCAUGUUCUGACAAUUGUCAUGGUAACUUACCACCGAUAGCAACACGAAGUCCAAUGCCUCAACUUAGUGGAGGCUGGGAUAAUGCAGCUGGAGUUGGCCAAAUUAUAUGUGAUGACAUUACUGUGAGAAGAGAGGCAAGAUUAGGUGAUGCAUUUGGGUCAAAUUUGUCUGUGACAGAAACUGAAGAUGAGAAGAAUCUCUCUGAUAAGCAGUCUUUAAUUACACAAAGAACAAGUCCCUGGAAAAACAGGGAGACUGGACAUAAAGUGGCCCCAAAUCCUGAAGUAGGAAGUUGCCCGAGCAACAAGAGCCUGCCAGAUCCAAAAAAGUCAUGGGAUUCUGAUCUUCGAGCAUGUUUGAAUACUGAUUAUGAAGGAGUUGAGCUGCCAACGAAUGACAAUGGUUCUGCUAAGAAAACUACUAAGCAGAAUAAAACAAGAACCAAAAAAAUGAGAAAGUCCUCACAGAAGACAGAAGAAAAAGCCGUGACGUUAAGAAAACAUUUGAAUAAAGAUGCAAACAUGGACAGUGGAGGUACAAAUUUAAAUCAAGAAAGUACGAAGCAUGAAUUUGAAAAAAUACCUUCAAGUGUAGUUAUUCCAGUUAACAAAUCACUUCACAGCUUUGAUAAGGCAGAUCUUGACACUGAGACUGAAAAUCAAAAUAGGGACUUAAGUAUUGAAGGCGCUAUUCUAGUUAAAGGGAAAUCUGAUCUUCCAAAAAAAUCUGUUGAACACACAAGUGAGAAUGCUCACACAUAUGUAGAGUUAAAUGGGAAACUGUCAGUGAAUAAUCAAUCCAAGAAAUGUGUUUCAGUAGACACAUUGAACGAAAAAGAAAAUGGCAAGCUGCCAUACAGCCAAGUUGCCAGUGACCAAGCUAAAGCAGUCAAGGAAUCAGGUGGAGAGGAUCAGGCAGUAAGGGUGCAAAGAAAAGAGAAUUUUGCACUGGAAAUUGCAGCUAGUAAUAAAGAUGACUUUUCCAAAUCUUCAGAUUCGUUUAGUGUAGAAAGUUUAAGUUCCAGUCCGUCAGUUGUAUCUGUUCUUACCAUGGCCGUUAGUUCCACAGUUACCCAGUCACCAGCAGAGCUGAAGAUUGUAGAGAAGAAAAUAGUGCAGCAUGGUUUGCAUACUUACCAGUCAUCAAAAUGUGUUGAUACUGAAAUGUGUGUGAUACAUUGUGACGAUACUGGUAAUGCUGAUACAGAUCCUGUUGCUCAUGCAUCUGAGAUAGGUUGUGAAGUGACAGGUAGUACAUUUUCUGCAACUGAUGAUCAUGAUGUACCUAUCUUGCAAAGCGAGGAGCCUGUUUCCUCAACAUCAGGAUUUUAUCCUGUAGAGUCCCAGAAUAAAGAUUUGCAAACAUCUCAGGAUUACAAAUCCAUUCCCGGUAAAGAACCAUCCAUUGCAAAGGUGCUGAACAACCCACCAUCAAAAACGUCAAGGACGCAAGAACAAGAAUGCGAUAUAGUGAAUAAAUCAGAUCUACAAGCAAGAUCAGCUGCAGUUCCUAUUUUUGAUACUCCCAGAAAGACUGAUGACCCUGCCUCAACAUGUUCUCGAACUGAGUUCAUGCACAUACCUUUGACACCCCGCAUGAUGAGCCCAUGUCCAGAUGAUACUCCAAUUACAAAACCGGCAAAUGGAAAUUCUUGUAUAGAUUUUUCUUUAAUACAAACCCCAAGUUUCCCCCCAACUCCUAACAUUGCAGUGACACCUGAGUCAUGUUCAAGUCAAGGAACACCAUCUUAUGCAACAAGAUCAACAGACUAUUCCUCAUGUUCCUCAUAUUACAAGCCAUCUGGCAAACUGGACUCCUGCAGCUCGGCCAAGCCAUUGGAAGAGUUUUUGAUAGAAGAAUGCAGGAAACUAGAAAACAGGAUUGUUGCAGAGACUUCUUGUGCAUAUAAUGAGAUUAAUAAGGAGAAUGCUUCAGAGUGUGCUGAUAAAGGGCAGUGCCGACCAUUAUCUGUUACAGAUAAAACUCCUGAGGAAGCAACCCCAUUAUUAUCAGAUUCUGUGUCUGAUUUUCCUGUCACAGUACAUGUUGGAAAGGAGCUUGUGUCAGGCAAAGCAGAUGAAGGACAAGUAGAUUCAUUAAUUGGUUCACCUAAGAGGGCAGCAUCACCACAGAAUCAAGAACAAAGGAAAGAGUUGACACAGAAAAGAGGUGUAACAGAUCGUGACAGUUAUUCAAAGUUAGAGGAAACAAACAUUGCAAUAAAUAAAAAAGCAGGGUCUGAUUUUAGCUCUGGUAAUAGAGACAGUGACUUGAAAGACGGGCUGUCAGUAAUGUACACCUCGGAAAGUUGGAAAGCAGGGCCUGUUUCACUGACUACUAACAAGAGUAGUGACUUUGAGGAUAAACCAUCAGAAACACAUGCUUUAGCUGUAAAGUCAACAAACAGGAAAGCAAGGACAGCAAACGAAAGCAGUGACUACAAUGAUGGGCCAUUAGGAACACAUGCUGUGUCUUUGAUCACAACAAAGGGGAAAGCAAGGCCUAUUUCAAGAGCAAAUGAAAGCAGUAGUAACUGGGAGAAUGAGCUGUCAGAAGCCCAGGUGAACAUGUAUAAGGAACCUGAUGAAAAAACUAAGGAUGAAAUUAUCCAGAAGCACCUUGAGGCUGCUCGGAUGAAGCUUUUUGGUUGUUAUUCACCAAGUGAUGAUUCCGAUUUUGAGUCAAGCAAUGAUUUUGGGCAGAGUGAAGCUGAGACCAAGACUGUAUCAUCUAAUGAUGUGAAUUGUGAAGCAUUAUCCUGUCAUUCAAGGAUUCCUGGAGAUGAGAUUUUAUCUGAACAUGAUCAGCCCACAAAUGACUUAAGAAGAUUGUCUGUGUCCUAUGGGAAUGAUGAUGCAGCAGGGACAAAGUCACAUACCUCUCUUUCUGCAAAGAAUACAACAUUGAACAACAAACUUGAUGAAAAGAAUCAUUGCAUGAUUUCAGAACUGAAGGGGAUAGAUGUUCCCGCCAGCAUGCCUAACAGCAGGGUUGAAGAAUCUGUAGAACAAGAUGGUGGGACAGUAUUCACUGUGAAAAGUGUUCCUGAUGCCCUGGGGCCAUCAACAUCCAUAGAGAAUAAUAAUCCCACAUACGAUGGACACAGUGUUGGUGCAAGAAAGCAGCUGAGAGGGAGGGAAGACAACUUGGCAAGGACUGCCCAUAUUAUUCCCAUGAAUAGGACAAAUGAUGAUGAAACUAUGCAAACAAAGAAAAAUUCAAAUCUCUCUGUGGAAGCCAUUGCAGAAAGACUAACAAAAGAGAAGACAGCAGUCCAGGCCCAUCCCAUGACACAGACUCCAGCCUGUGAGUCUGUGAGCUGUGAAGAUAGCAACUCUGAGGAUUUUCCAGCUUUGCAUCUGAGUUCAGAUGAUGAGACACAGUCUGAAGCCAUAAACUUAUCUCAAGUGGAAUCUCAAGUGGCAAAAUUGCAUGGGGGAGAAGAGACCACAGCUGAUGUUUCGACACUGAGAACUCCACCCAGAUCUGUCCAUGAUGUGUGCAGGGAUUUGGAACGGACUCCUGCUGGGUACCGUGCCAUUGAAUCAGGUCCCAAGUUGUUGCAAGCAGUUAAUGCACUUGGGAAUGAGGGGCAGGAGCCGACAUGUGAAGAACAAUCAGAUACCAAUAAAUGCAAAGAAGCGGGGGUACCUUUUGAAUCUGUUCGUACAAAUGACUGUAAAACAUUGAAAAAAGAAGUGAAUCUAUCUGAAAGACAAGAAAAUACCAAUAAGAAAAUAAGAGCUUUGCUAGGCGAUGAUGUAAGUCCUCUAAAGGACCUAACAGAGACAAGAAAAGCCUGCAGAGGUAAAGAACAUGAAAUUUUGCACAAACUUCUAAUUGCUGCAGAGAAACAUAAUUCACCAAUCAAAAGCACUAUGGAAAUUGAAUUGCAAGAGAAGAAAUUGGACGAAAGUUUGAGGAUAAAUUCUGGAAUAAAAGGAGUACCUGAAAAUGAAGUUUUAUCAGAGGAAAAGAAAGUGUCUGAUUCAAAUAAAAUAAAGAAGGGAACCAAAUCAUGUGAAACUUGUACCACUGAAGAGAGUGAUUCAGUGGAAUGCCGGACUGCUGCACUGGUGCAAUGUGAAGUGCCCAGUGUGGAGGGCAUGACAUCACUUGCUACAGCAGUUAAGUAUGAGCAGCACCAGGUUUCUGAUAACGAGACAUAUGUUGAAAUAGUGUAUACUGAUGAAGGGCCUAAAGGAAAUAGUCUUGUAUUUGAAGAUAUCUGCAAAUUUUCACUCACUUUUGAACUAGGUGAGGAUUCAGAUGGAGUGGUGGAAACUUACAAGUGUACAGUCUCAGAAUUCCAGGAAUUGUUUAGUGCCUCACCUAGAGAGUGCAGCAUUGAGUCCGAAUCUUAUGAAAGCGGUCAGUUUGAUGUCAAGAGAAAGAUCCCUUCCAGUACGUAUAAGGAAGACAGAGAUUUGGAUUAUGUUAAAGUUAGCAAAGUUAUGGACAAAGAAUCAUUCCAUAAAGGUAGGGGUGCUGGUCUCUACACAAGGGAACACCACACAAGAUCGCGAUCCGCAAGCUUCGGAAGGAGUGCAGAUGUUUCGCAUUAUAGAAUGAAUACCUCACGUGUUCACACGAGAUCUUCCUCUCCAGGCCACAGAAGAUGGGCAUUGUCUUCUGUUGAUAGAAAAAGAGCCCAGUCUUUGGAUCGUAGGUCACCAUCAUCAUUAUCUCCAGUAUUAUCUGCCUCUAGAAUGUCCACAUUUUCACCAUUGAACAAGCUGUAUAAUGAAUAUUUGGGAAAUGAGAGGGAGUCUGCAAGGUUCACAUCCCACAGCAAUAAAGGAGACUGGAAUUUCAAUUUUAGAAGCAGAGAGAAACUUCCAUUUGGACAAAGGGGCAGGAGAUACGCGAAUUAUCAUAAUAGGCAUCUUCAUUCAAAAAGAACUUUUGUUCAUUCUUCUUCCAGAGAGUCUAUCCAUCCUGCACCAACAUCAUCACAUGGAAUAUCUGAUUCUUAUAGCAGAAUGCUGACACAUUUCAAACAGCAUCGACCUUCAGCUAACAAGAGGUCAACACAGGAAGGGAGACCCAUAGAAACAUGCUCAAGAAGGCUCUCAGAUGAUACAACUUUAUUACUUGGAAUGCAUUCAGCAGCAAAGGAUACGGGAAAGGAGUUAGCUACCUCAUAUAUACAAAUUGAAGAUGCUAUGGACGGAAGGCAGGAGAUGCAGGACACAGAUGAGUCUUUGGAGGAGGGGGAGGUGGUUGAUGAAGAUUCAGUGCAUGGACUUAACAAAUACAAAUGUUAUGAUAAACCAAAGUAUCCAUCAUCAGUGGAAAGUGUUCAGGCCAAAAACUUCGGUGAAAAUACUGCCACAAAUUUGAACAGAAAGGCAAGUGCUAACAACAUGAUAUCAGACCAGUCACUUGACAAGAGGAGAUCAGUUGAAGGCAGACCAUCACAGGAACCAGAGAAGGCACCGAAAAAAUCAGUUAUGAAAGAACCCUCUUUUGCAGUGUCCUCUACUGGCAGAGCUCUCCCACCAAAGAAAAGGAAAGCUUCGUCAGAAGAGCUAUCAGUACAUAUGGAGAAACGAAUACGGACAGAUGGCCCACAGGCUCUGCUCAAAAAGGUGGACUUGGAUCAUUUGUUAGAUUUUGUUCAUGGAGAAAAACCUGGGUAAAACUAGCACUUGACAGUUGACAGCUGUGGUCAUUGGCACGUCAGUAAAAGCUCUUUUAUUGUAUUUAUAUUCGCGUGCAUUUUGUAUUGUCCAAGAGUAUCUUUUCCCAGUUCUGUACAGUUUGUAUAAAAUGUUUGUUUUACAUGGUAGUGCUUAUAUUGUAGGUGUCCAAAGAAUUCCUCACCACAGUUGUACAUAAUAAUAUGUGGUAUUGCAAUCAUUGAUAAGUACAUUUCAAACCACACAUUUUAAGACAGUGUACAUUAAAUUAUUAUGCAGUUAUUUGUAAGUAAUAAAGUGUUUUUUAUGAAA